AUGGCGGGCGCGACGAGCCCCGCCGCCAGCAGCUGCAGCACGCGGCGGUCAAGCGCCGGCAGCAGCGGCCAGCCCUUGCGCGCCAGGAAGCCCACGAGCGAGACGCCCAGCGGGAGACGCGCGGCGCGCAGCCGCUCCGCCGCCAGGCCCCGCGACAGCAGCAGGCUGCCUGCGCACGCCCAUGCGCUUCGCUCGAGCUUCCGUUCGUUGGUCGUUUGUUCGUGGGGUGAGGAGAUGAGCGUACGGUCCGGCAGGCGCUCGCCUAUGAACCCCCAGAAGGCGCCCGCGUGCGACAGGUGUGCCAUCUUCUCCUCGGGCAUGGUGCGGAAGUUGGCGACGACAGCCGCGAGCGCCGGGGAGUCUGCGCCGCGCAGCGGGAGCAGCCACGUGUCCUCGGUGCCCGACCAGCGCAGCCCCGCGCGUGCCAGCUGCUCCACCGUGUCCAGCGGCGCCGAGAACCUGCGCAGCCGUGCGCAGCCCUCAGAAGCUACAAGGAUAUUUAUUCAUGUGAGGUUCCCGAAGCCGGCGGAGCCCAUGUCGGCGACGCCCUGCGCCAUGAGCCCGCGCACGCCCCACGAGGAGCCGUUGGCCAGCGCCUUGCCCCAGAAGGGCCAGCGGGCGUCGCUGGUCAGGCGGAAGGUGGCGCCCGCGCUCGCCAGCCAGUGCGUGAGCAGCGCCAGCUCGAAGCCUCCGCCGCCGGGGAACGUCGUGUACGGCGGGUAG